AUCCGGUCGAACCGAACCGGGCGACUCCGAUCUAAUCUCGCCUUGACUCAGAAACUGCACCCACUCCGUCGAAGCAUCAUCUUCUUGGCGAACUAGGGGAGUGAAGCAGAGGAGAUUGGACAACAGAGAUGGCUUCGUCGCUUCCCUCUGAUCACAAAGCCAAAAUCAUCGAUGGAAAAGCCAUUGCUCAGACCAUUCGAUCAGAAAUUGCCUCUGAAGUUAGCCACCUUUCUCAGAAGUAUGGCAAGGUUCCUGGACUUGCUGUGGUGAUAGUUGGUACCAGGAAGGAUUCGCAAAGCUAUGUAAGCAUGAAGAGAAAGGCUUGUGCUGAAGUUGGUAUCACGUCAUUCGAUGUAGAUUUGCCUGAGCAAGUAUCCGAGGCUGAAUUGAUUGACAAGGUCUACGAGUUAAAUGCAAACCCUGAUGUACAUGGUAUACUGGUUCAGCUUCCUUUGCCAAAGCAUAUAAAUGAAGAGAAAGUCUUGAGUGCGAUCAGCAUCGAGAAAGAUGUUGAUGGCUUUCAUCCUCUAAACAUUGGAAAGUUGGCCAUGAAAGGCAGAGAACCUUUGUUUCUUCCGUGCACACCCAAGGGAUGCCUCGAACUCCUCUCACGUAGUGGAAUAAGUACGAAGGGAAAGAAGGCCGUUGUGGUUGGACGAAGUAACAUAGUUGGGUUACCAGUAUCCUUGUUGCUUCUGAAGGCGGAUGCCACUGUUACUGUAGUCCAUUCGCACACUCACGAUCCGGAAUCUAUUAUUCGUGAAGCAGACAUAAUUAUUGCUGCAGCUGGACAAGCAAUGAUGAUCAAGGGUAGCUGGAUCAAACCGGGUGCUGCAGUCAUUGAUGUAGGAACUAACGCUGUUGAUGAUCCCAGUAAGAAAACAGGCUACAGGUUAGUUGGAGAUGUGCAUUUCGGGGAAGCUAGCAAGGUAGCUGGAUACAUAACACCCGUUCCAGGUGGUGUGGGCCCAAUGACUGUCGCAAUGCUAUUGAAGAAUACCCUCGAGGGUGCUAAGCGCGUGAUUGAGAAAUGAAGAUCUAGUGCUCAAAAUGGUACUCAAGGAAUUCUUCACAGUUAAUCACGAGAAGGCAUUGUAGUUCGCUCAAGCAUUGCUUUCAUCAAUCGAAGCAUUGUAACCCUCGAGUUAUAGGGAAAAUCGGUUGUCAGUUUAUUGUUACUUGUGAAGCAUAUGUAUUCCUUGGAAUGACAGGGAAGAUUUCAUCUCUUUACCUAACUCUAUGCAUCGUCAAUUUGUCUCA